GCUGUCAUCGAAAUUUUUAGUGUUUUUAGUCAUCAUUUUUUGUAAAUUCUAGUCUCUUUAAUACUAGUGAUGCUUACAAAUUGGUUAUUCCUUAUUCUGUGUAUACCCAAUGUUAAACCGCCCCGGACGUGCCGGAUAAACGCCAGAACCUUAGGGGAACCUCUCCCUGUUAUAAUACGCAACGGACAGCUCUUGGAGCCCACUGAUAAAUAUGGCAACGUCGACAUGGAAGAAGGGGAGGUCCUCACCCUGAGUUGUGUCAAUAAUCAUCUACUCCACCCGAAUGCCAACCAAAAUCUCGUCACGGCUAACAUAAGAUGUAUGGCCGACACUACCUUCAGCAACGAGCAGUGGCUGACGUCGCCCUCGGAGUUCGCAUACUUCAGGUGUAAUCACCACCCCGACCACAGCAGUCUGCGGACCUUCAGAACUUGCUACGCCGGCCACCCCGUAAUAGAGGUCGGGUAUAAAGUAGACAAUAUAUUUUACGCGCAAUACGAGUCGUGCUUUGACGAAAGGAGAAUGAAUCCUAUUUACACGAAAUAUACCCAGAAGCCCUACAACGCCAACUAUCAGCCGGGAGUGAGCAGAUUGUAUUUCAUCGACGACGGUCCGUACUACGGUACCAUCCCCGUCCACUCGUCCUCCUCGCUUUUCUCCCCAUGGAACCAGAAGAGUGCCGUCGCUCGGAGGGUGGGGUCGGUAAUAAACCAAUAUAUUGACCGUCACAACGAGCUCUCCCGAGGUCAUUUAGCCUCGAAGACCGACUUCGUGUUCGCGUUCGGGCAGCGUGCGUCGUUCCACUACGUGAACUGUGCGCCCCAGUGGAAGGACUUCAACGGCGGCAACUGGAAUACCCUGGAAGUGGACCUCCGCAAUCACAUACACAACGAGGACUACGAGACAGUCAUCUAUACCGGCACGUACGGGGUCACCGAGCUCGCCAACGACGCCGGAGUGAGAGUCGAAAUAUUCCUCGAGAGGUAUAACAACGUCGAUGUGAUUCCGAUCCCGCAGUAUUUUUAUAAAGUCGUCUACGAGCCCAGCACGGGGCGAGGGGUAGCUUUCGUGGGCCUCAACAAUCCUCAUUACAGUUUGAGGGAGGCGGAGCGCCUGGAAUUUUGCGAGAAUGUUUGUGAGAAUAGACGUUAUAGAUGGUUAACCUGGGAUCCAGAAGAUCUGCACGAAGGGUACUCGUUUUGCUGCACAGUGCCAGAUUUCAGGAACACUGUGCGACAUCUGCCGGACUUUGAAGUGACGGGUUUAUUUGUUUAGGAACGAUGAGGUCAAAUAAAUUGUUGCAUUUUUU